UAUUUUUUCCACUUUAUUAAACAACCCUAUACUCAUUCCAUCUUCCCAUACACACAACCCAACACACCAAUUUCCACGUUCCAUCCAUUUCUUCCUCUUCUUCAACUGUGUGACUCUCUUUUCUUCUUUCUCUACUCUUAACAAGUAAACACAAUAUAUGGCCACAUUUCCCACCUUCUAAAACAGUCAAAAUAAAAACAUACCACAAACAAUAAAAUGAGUCUGCUUCUCAUCCUUCUGUUCUCCAUUCUAUUCAUCAACAUAUCAAGCACUUCAUGCUUCUCAUCUCAGCCAGGAAUCUGCUACGGCCAACUCGGAAACAACCUACCAACGCCUUCAAAAUCAAUCUCCCUAAUCAAAUCCCUAAACUCCAAACGCAUCAAACUCUACGACGCAAACCCACAAAUCCUAACCUCCUUAAAAAACACCAACCUCCAAGUCUCAAUCAUGCUCCCCAACGAACUCAUCACCAACAUCUCCACCAACCAAACCCUCUCCGACCAAUGGAUCAAAUCCAACGUCCUACCUUUCUACCCACAAACGCUAAUCCGUUACCUUCUCGUAGGAAACGAAAUCAUCUCCUCAACACCAAACACAACGUGGCCUCACCUCGUACCCGCGAUGCGACGAAUCAAACACUCGUUGAAGAAACUCAGAAUCAAGAAAAUCAAAGUCGGUACUUCUUCCGCUAUGGAUGUUCUAGAAACUUCUUUUCCUCCUUCAAACGCUACGUUUCGGAAAGAUAUAGCGGUUCGGGUUAUUAAACCCAUGCUUCGGUUCUUGAACCGGACCAAGUCUUUUUUCUUUUUAGAUGUUUACCCGUUUUUUCCAUGGAGCUCCGACCCGGUUAAUAUAAAUCUGGAUUACGCUUUAUUUCGAGCUAAUAGUACUGUUACGGAUCCGGGUUCUGGUUUGGUUUAUACGAAUUUAUUUGAUCAGAUGGUUGAUUCGGUUUAUUUCGCAAUGGAGAAACUUGGGUUUCCGGAUAUUCGGAUCUUUAUAGCGGAAACAGGUUGGCCUAAUGGAGGUGAUAUUGACCAAAUUGGUGCUAAUGUUUUUAAUGCUGCGACUUAUAACCGAAAUUUUAUUAAAAGAGUUAUGAAAAAACCGGUUGUUGGGACUCCGGCUCGACCGGGUUUAGUUCUGCCGAGUUUUUUAUUUGCUUUGUUUAAUGAGAAUCAGAAAACGGGUCCCGGUACAGAGCGGCAUUUUGGGUUAUUGUAUCCAAACGGGUCUAGGGUUUAUGAGAUUGAUCUUUCCGGCGAGACACUGGAUUCGGAGUUUCCGGAGCUUCCUCCACCGGAGAAUAAUGAGCCGUAUAAGGGGAAGAUUUGGUGCGUGGCAGCGCGUGGGAGUAAUGUGACAGCUUUGGGAGAGGCUUUGGCGUAUGCUUGCUCGCAGGGGAACCGGACAUGUGACCCGGUUCGACCGGGGAAAGAGUGUUUUAAACCGGAUUCGGUUUUUUGGCAUGCUAGUUAUGCAUUUAGUUCUUACUGGGCGCAGUUUAAGAAGAUUGGAGGAACUUGUUAUUUCAACGGGCUUGCUACUCAAACUGCCAAGGAUCCAAGUUAUGGAUCUUGCAAAUUUCCAAGUGUGACUCUUUGAAGCAUGAGACAAAUAAUGAAAAAGGAAUUCUCUUCAUUUUUAGUUUUAAUUAUUCAUUAAUUUACACUUCUAUGAUAGAAAUUAGAAAGUGUAUACUUUGAUUGUAGUUUGAUGUUAGUUUCAUUUCAUCAAUGCCGGUUCUUCCUAAUAGUAACAUUGAACCUGCCAAGGAGGAACUUACAUUGAUGAAUGAUUUUCAAUAUUUGCAUAGCAAUGGACAAUGGUAGCCCAUUAUUUGAAA